GAAUUAAGCACCCUUACUAGUGUGUGUGGACAAUAGGGAGACAGGAGAGAAAUACAACAACACACCAAGAGAUAAGACUUGAACCAGCCCAGUCAGCAUCCUACUGUAUUUCCAGGAAAUUAAUGGGUUAUGGUUGUUUUUGCAUGACGGAUCUGAAGUAGUGUCUACACCGCAGUCCCCUCCACCCCUCUAAAUGGCUGCAGGAGCUGAGGAGCGCUGGACCACAGAGACGCACCAGAGAGAGGAGAGAGAGCAGGCUGAUGUUGACGACUCUCACUCUGCCAGUUCAACCCUAUAGGAACAGCUUAGACGCACUUAAUGACAGGCUGGAUAUAGUUGGUUUUGGAGAUGCAUGUCCACUGCAUGAGCACUGUGCUCUGCAGCCUUGUUUAGUGAUUCAGUGACUGCGCGUUUUCAAGUGUAUUUAUGGUAAUAUGUUUUACUUGAUUGAGUGCAAAGUGAUGGCAGGUCUUUCCAUGUGUUCGUGGAGUUAGUGUUUACUUGUGAUAUUACUUCUCACUUCUAACUCUCUUAUAACGAUGAAGGUCACGUUUCAGCGACGCACUUAUUUCUUCUGCGAGCGCGACUUGAUUUACAGAUAACUUUUAAAUCUUAAAACCAGAGCAGGGAUGUUAUUUACUCGUGUUUUGACUAGUUUUAGUCCACUUUUAUAGGCAAACCGGACUAUGACUCGGUCAAAACUUCUGCUCCUGUGUGGGUGAUCCAGUGAGAAGUGUCAGAUCAUAUAACCAGUCUGAAGAUGUUAGGAAGUCCGUCCAACAACGGCGGCAUCAGGAUGCUGGUGCCCCCGGAUGCGAGCGACGACAGGCGGGUAGAGUUCGUGGCUCUCACCGCUGUCCACACGGAGAGAAGCGAGCCGUCCAGUCCGGAGCGCGGACAGCCAUCUCACCGCACCGGUCUGCUGGGCACCCCGCGACCAGGACCGCCUGGACCCAGGGCCAACUCCGCCGCUUCAAACAAAAGCUACAGAAAGUUGCAGAACUGCAUGUACAACGUGCUGGAAAGACCAAGAGGAUGGGCGUUCAUCUACCAUGCAUUCAUCUUCCUGCUGGUGUUCAGCUGCUUGGUGUUGUCUGUGUUCUCCACCAUCCCCGACCACCAGAAGUUCGCCAACCAAAGCCUCUUCAUCCUGGAGUUUGUGAUGAUCGUGGUGUUUGGGUUGGAGUACUUCAUCAGGGUCUGGGCUGCUGGCUGUUGCUGCAGAUACCGCGGAUGGCAGGGACGGCUGAGAUUUGCCAGGAAGCCCUUUUGUGUCAUAGACUUCAUAGUAUUUGUGGCAUCCCUGGCGGUGAUAGCAGCUGGGACGCAGGGCAACAUCUUCGCCACGUCAGCCCUGCGCAGCAUGCGCUUCCUGCAGAUCUUGCGUAUGGUUCGUAUGGACCGACGGGGAGGCACCUGGAAACUACUGGGCUCAGUGGUUUACGCUCACAGCAAGGAAUUGAUUACCGCCUGGUACAUAGGCUUCCUGGUCCUGAUCUUUGCCUCCUUCCUCGUCUACCUGGCAGAGAAAGACAUCAACUCAGACUUCAACACCUAUGCUGACUCCCUCUGGUGGGGGACUAUUACUUUAACAACCAUUGGCUACGGUGAUAAAACCCCUCGUACUUGGCAAGGACGGCUCCUAGCUGCCGGCUUCGCACUUCUGGGAGUCUCCUUCUUUGCCCUGCCUGCCGGAAUUCUGGGGUCAGGCUUUGCCUUGAAGGUUCAAGAGCAGCACCGACAGAAGCACUUUGAGAAGAGGAGGAUGCCUGCUGCCAACCUGAUACAGGCCGCAUGGCGUCUUUACUCUACAGAUGCCAAACACUCGUAUCUGACAGCUACAUGGUACUUCUAUGACAGCAUGUUGCCGUCGUUCAGAGAACUGACGCUACUGUUCAGUCACCUCCAGCGACAGCGUAACCCCAAGAAGGUUCUCCAAAACUCCUACAACACGCUGCUGUCGGGGCUGCGGCCCUACAGCCCCCCCUACCUGUCAGGGGACAGUCAACUCGUUUCUAAAAAACGGGGUCUCUUCCGGAUUAACGGUGGCCGCAAGCAGAGCAGUAAAAUGGGCUUCCGGGAUCGGAUCAGGAUGAACAAUUCCCGAUCAUCCCAAACCAUUAGGAGCAAGGCGUCACCGCUGCCCCCGGGCUCCGGUGUCCGCCGCUCUCCCAGCCAGGAGAACGUCCCCGAUGCCACCAGCCCUGGGAAGGUCCAGAAGAGCUGGAGCUUUAACGACCGCACACGCUUUCGCACCUCCCUUCGCCUCAAACCACGUCCACCUGUCGAUGUAGAGGGGCUCGGGGAGGACAGUGUGGAAGACAAACCAUAUUGUGACGUGGCCAUGGAGGAGGUAAUCCCAGCAGUGAAGACACUCAUACGGGCUGUCAGGAUCUUAAAGUUCCUCGUGGCCAAGAGGAAGUUUAAGGAGACGCUGCGUCCUUACGAUGUGAAGGACGUCAUAGAGCAGUACUCCGCAGGACACCUGGAUAUGCUGGGCCGGAUCAAGAGCCUGCAGAUGCGGGUGGACCAGAUCAUUGGGCGAGGAGCCGUUCAGCCCGAUAAGAAAGCGCGCUCUGAAAAGGGAGAGAAGACGCCACCAGAACUGGACCCGCUGGAUGAGCUAAGCAUGAUGGGACGUGUAGUCAAGGUGGAGAAACAGGUACAGUCUAUAGAGAACAAGCUGGACCUCCUGCUCAGCUUCUACUCCCAGUGCCUAAAGAAAGGCUCGUCCCACUUCACCCUGUCCUCUCUCCUGGACCCCGACCUGACGUCUGACUACCAGAGCCCCACGGACCAAACAGACCUCUUCCCCUCCGCCAACACACUCAACAUCUCCGAGAGCGGCAACUUGGAAUGACAGUGAGCCGAGCAGCCUCCGGGCUGUUCGAACACUGACACCUUAACUGUACGUCUUCCUGCGGCUGAGUCCUCACUGCGAGCAGCCCGACCUUAAUGUCAUCGAUCAUUUCAUAUCUGUCCGGGAUGAUUUCUACCCUUCCAUCUCAAAUCUGCACCCUCACCUCUUUUUCCUUCAGUGAAUGUGUUUCCAGACAGAGGCCACCAGAUGGCUCCACCUGACAAGGAGCCUCAGCCAAAGCUGCUCACCGCACACGCCUCUCAACCCACUAGAUGAAGAGAGGGCACAUGAACAACUAUGACUUGACUACUGAACCACUUUCACCCACUCACCUCAUGCUAUAUAUAUAUAUCUACGCCUCCUUUAAAGCGUCAACUGUAGAUAAUCAGACUUCGAAUUUUUGUAUAUCUUUGGAGAAAUCUUGUCUUUUUCCCCUCUCAUCGUCAUCAUUUCUUUUUUUCUUGGCUGCUUGAAUCAACUGAGAGUUCAACAGUGCUGCAAGUGCCACGCCAGUCAUUUUUUCAUUAACCUUAGGAUGGCUGUGAUGAAUGUAAUGAGCCCCCACCUGCAAAUUUCACACCACCAGACUAACGAUUAAGCACCGGACGAGCCGUCGACACAGAAAUAGUCUGCUCCCUCGGACCUGGACGGGCAGACCGGGCUGACAGCUACCUCGCCAAACCUCCGCGGUACACCUUCCCAUCCAAACUGGGGAGUUUUAAAAGUGUAAAUCCUGCUUCUUUAAUUGCCCAAAACAGAGCUGGAAGAAUGUGUUGGAGUGACUGAUGUGUAUUGUACAUUGUUGUUUGUUUUCAUCUCCAUUCCCUCUCUCAGAAGUUCUGUCUCCAACAAGCCCACUUGCAAAAAAAAUAUUCUUAUUAUUCCCUGUUUGGCAUUCAAGUGAGGAAUGUCCCUACGUAUUUAGGAUUUAAUAGAGCCUUUCACAGGUCCAAAAUCCCUUCUUUGCAACAUUUCAUAGGUUACUCUUUGAGUAUUUCAGUAGCCUAACUUCGUGUUUUUAACACAUGCCCUUUAAACCUCUCUGUCUUGCAGCCCCCCCCCCCAGACAUGCAUGUUACUGUAGAUGAAACCUCACUGAUCCUCAUUUAUGUCACAUUUUCCUGCACUGCUCCUCAUCACUCACAUGUAGCCUCAGGUCAGGUUUACCACCUUUCUUACAGGAGGACGGUUCUCACUCUUACAGUCACUAGGUGGCAUGUGUGAUCUCGCAGUCAGCAGCUGUGGAUGAUGACGUAGAAACUUUCUGGCCAGUUUUUAAAACAACGAACAACCUGUAAGGCGUCCAGGUCUAACGCAUGAAUUCCAGGCCAUUAUCCUCAUGAAUGCACGUGUCUUAGGAAAUGGUUCCAGCCUUACAGCUUCACUACAAACAGACAAGGUGCCGGUUUUGGCACCUACAGGUGUUACUGAUGUCUUUUCUGGUUCUUUCUUGGAGGUGUUUGAUGCACAGUUAAUGCUCUGUGCUCGUGGACAAAACUGGAGAAUGCACACACACACACACACACACACACACACACAUAUACAAUGAAAGCAAUUCCUUUACUUAAAUACUUUGGCACUUGAUAAACAUAACACCUUUUUGUCUUUUUUUUAUCUUUGCGUUUUGAUUUCUUUACUGUAAAUUAUGUUCAUGCACUCGAUUUCGUGUAACCCAUAAUGACAAAAUUACUUUUUUGUAAUGAUAUUGGUUGUUAAAGCGAAUGUAAGAUUUAAGUUAAAAUAUUUAAUUCAGUUAGAUAUGAUCUUUUUAAAAUAAAUGUAGCAUUUUUUUGUCGAGUUGAAUCAUCGAUGACACAACUGUAACUACACACAGCUGAUCAGGUUCACGCUCACCACUCGCGGAGCUCAUAAUGUAUAUUUUUUUAACGUCAUCAGAUAACUGCUAAGACAACAUUCACCACGCUGUAUUUGGCCAGUGAAAACAGUUUUUCCGUCUCUGCGAGUGAUUCAUUCGUUCCAGUCAAACCAGUUGACUCAGGUGCUCCACUUUUCCAUUCAAGACUUCAAACAGUGAAUGUACUUCAUUGGUUGGUCUAUUUAUGAUCUGAUGCCAGGAGGAUUUAAAUGGCACCUCACAGCUUGCUGUUGGCAUCAUACAAUUUUUUCAUUUCAUGAAGAAAUGUCUUUAUUCUUCUAAACUAAACUAUAGUGGAAAUCUAUAUUAGAGUAAUUUCAUCUUCGUCACCUGAGCUUUAUGAAAAUGUGAGAGCACUGUAUUGCAUGCUGUUGUUAGUGGUGGGCCCCAGUAUUAGAAGAAUAUAAACAUAAGGAUGUCUCCUGUGAAGUCUUGGGUAAAGACAUGAAAGGAAAUGACCUGUGCCUUCUAUGUCCUCGUUUUAACUGAUAUGGUGCGGCUUUCUGUCUCAAACUUAUAUAUUAAUGCUGCUUUGAAGAGGGGUAUCCCAUGAGGAUAGCCAUGCUCUUUUUCUUGAUCUAACUAAAGAAACACCAUCAAUAUUGUCCUGAAUAUGUAAUUUUUAGGGUCUUUUAUGACGGCUGCAACUUUUGAUAUUUCCUGAGAAUAUUACUGUACGUUUUAGCAUAUCAUUGUAACUCUCCUCGCAUCGACACCCUUACUGUAUCUUAACACCAGUCAGAUCUGGAGGCAUGGACAUCUGUAUCGUCACAGGGAACUCUGCAGGCAUGCGUCCUUUCAUAAGCAUGUCACUUAUAGAGAAGUAUGGCUUCCACACAACUACCUCUGAGGCCACUAGGGGGCGCUAGACUAGAAAACCAAGUAUGAGAAACAGUAACCGAUUGUGUAACGGACUGAAUGCUAUGCAUGACUCAAUCUGCACGUUGUUCUUCAUGACGCCCGCCCCGACCAUCCAUCGUUCACUGACUUGCUGCCAUUUGACAUUCCAGCUCGUUGCCCUUUAACUGCUCUCGUAGGUAUUGGAACUGUUGUUAAAAUGAAACUGAUCAAAGCAAUAAGCGAAACGCUAAAGCCGACAAAGUCUUCCAAUUCCAAUUGAUGUAGCUACUGGUUGAUGAAAUAUGGCGCUUAUCUUAUUUUCUAAUCUAAUGCACACCUCUAUUUGAUCUUUUAAAGAGAUACAGAAAUGUGUAUCUGCUGAGGAUAAAAUUAGCUCACUUGACUAACUUAUUAAUUUAUUUGUUUCAAUAAAGCUCUUUGGACUGUA